AGGGAGUAGCACAUUCAGCAGCGACCGCCUAGUAGUAUGCAAAGGAAAUACGGGACAUUAAGACAUCCCGUAUGGUUUGUUAGCGACUUGGCGUGCUUAUUACGCGGUCACAUUCUAAGUAACCCAAAACAACUAAACAUGGAAGCUUAAACAACUAAACAAAACAUACACAUAUACUACCAACUGAAGCGGAGACCGCCUGCGCUGCUGCACUUCCACGCAACCGAGGAACGGAGGAAGGAAAUCAAAUCGCGUCCCCGUAGUUGACGCGAACUACUCCGCUUCGCGCCGUUUCCACGCUACCAGUUUCCCGGCGUCUAUAAGUACGCGCGAGAGAGACAAAUGCCAGAUCGAUCAAAUCGAACGCGACAGCAGCUACCAGGGGAGAUCAUGGCGAGCGGCGGCGGCAACCGGUGCGAGGCCUGCUGCGGCGGCAUUGGCCUCUGGCAGGCGGCGUUCACGUCGGAGUGCGCCCACAUCUUCCACCUCCGCUGCGUCUCCGGGAGCGCCGCGUGCCCGGUCUGCGCCGCGCGGUGGAGCGACGCGCCCGCCACGGGCCCCGCGCCGGCGCCGGCACCGGCGACGCCGAACCCCUUCUGGCUCAGCUCGGCGCCGCCACCGCCAGCAACGCAGACGCCUUCGUGCCCAGUCUGCCACGGCGCCAUGGGCCGCGGCCAGGCCACCGUCACGUCCGAGUGCAACCACACGUUCCACCUCCGUUGCUUCUCGGGCACCGUGUGCCCUGUCUGCGGCGCGCGUUGGCGCGACGAGGUGACCGUGGCGCCGUCGCAGUCGCCGCCACCCCACCCCACUUCCUCGCCACCACUCAAUCCCGCUUCCUCGCCGCCACCCACUUUCGGGCCGCAACCGCCCUCGUCGGACACGGCGCGCCCCGUGUUCAACGACGACGAGCCCGUGGAGCAUCCACUCGACGCCCGGGACACCGCCCAGGAAACAGCGAGCAAUCGAGUACUCGUCCUGAAGACGCACUGCGAGCACCCGGCUGUCGCCAGAGACUCGGCCCUAGACAGCUUCGCGGUGCUGGUGCACGCCAAGGGCCCCGCCGCGGCGUCGGAGCGCGCGCCGCUCGACCUCGUCACCGUCCUCGAUGUCAGCGGCAGCAUGUGUGGCCCCAAGCUGGAGCUACUGAAGAAGGCAAUGGACUUCGUCAUCGACCACCUCGGCCCCAGCGACCGGCUCAGCAUCGUGAUCUUCUCGUCCAACGCUCGCCGCAUCAUUCGGCUCACGCGCAUGUCGGACGGCGGGAAGGUCUCGGCCAAGAGGGCCGUGGAGUCCCUCGCCACCAUCAGCACCACGAACAUUGGAGACGGCCUUCGGGUCGCCGCCGAGGUGCUCGACGGCCGCCGCCACAGGAACCCCAUCGCGAGCGUUAUCCUUCUCUCGGACGGAGAGGACAACCAUACUCUUGGCUGUUUCCAAUCAGGUACUGGUCGCACCAAGAGCUAUAUCGACCUCGUGCCAUGGUCCCUGAGGCGCAGCGACGACAACCGGUGCGCCCCGCCGGUCCACACGUUCGGGUUCGGCACGGACCACGACGCGGCGGCGAUGCACACCAUCGCGGAGGCGACGGGCGGCACGUUCUCCUUCAUCCAGAACCAGGCGGUGCUGCAGGACUCGUUCGCGCAAUGCAUCGGUGGGCUCCUGUCCGUCGCGGUGCAGGAGGGGCGCGUCGCCGUGGAGUGCCUGCAUCCAGGCGUGCGCGUCCGGGUAGUCAAGUCCGGCCGCUACGGGAGCCGCGUCGACGCGGACGGCCGCGCCGCAUCGGUGGACGUCGGCGAGCUGUACGCGGACGAGGAGAGGCGCUUCCUGGUUUUCCUGGACGUGCCCGUCGCGGCCGGGGAUGGAGCGGCUGAAGACGGCGGCGGCGUCACCCCUCUGAUCAAAGUGAGCAGCACUUACAAGGACGCGGCGACCGGGCGGCCGGUGGACGUUUCCUGCGAGGACGCCUCGGUGCGUAGGCCGGUGGUGGUGGCGGACAUGGAGCCGUGCGUGGAGGUCGCGCGGGAGCUGUUCCGCGUGGAAGCUGCCGAGGACAUCGCGGCGGCGCGGGCCGCGGCGGAGCGCGGCGAGCACGCGAAGGCGGCGCGGAUACUGGACCGCCGGCAGGAGGCCUCGGCGGCCGCCGGGCUGGCCGGCGACGAGCGGUGCGCGGAGCUGGUGGCGGAGCUGCGCGAGCUGAGCGCGCGCGUAGCGGACCGGCGCGAGUACGAGCAGACGGGGCGCGCGUGCCUGCUUGCCGGCAUGAGCUCGCACGCGCAGCAGCGCGCGUCCACGGUGCAGCUCUUCGCGUCCGCCGCGCCCUCGGCAUCGCCUCCGUUCAGCGCAGCGGCGCCGGCUCCGAGAUUCGGGUUCUGCUUCGCGACGCCGGCGAUGCAGAGCAUGGUGGAAUCGUCGAGGAAGGCACGCGAGCAGCAGCAGUCGGAGCCAGGUGGCAGUCCCUUUGGUCCCAAGUAGGACGAGAGGAAGCUGGCUGGCUAGGAGUCUAUCAUCCGGAAGAACUGUAGUUUGAAGGGUGAAGGCCUAGUACUUAUCGUAGGGUUACAUUCGAAAAGAAUUUAGUUAUCACUUAUCAGGUUGUAAAGUUAGCCUUUGGUUUGUUUCUUUGUGAAAAAUGAGUUGAAGGUCCGAUAUGAACAGAA